AUGCAGAUGAAUCUUAUCAAGGACAAUUGUCAAAAUUUCGAAAUUGCUACACCUCUAGCCAUGGGAGCGGGACAAGUUGAUCCAAACUGCGCACCUGAUCCAGGUUUGAUAUAUGAUGCUACUCCACAAGACUACGUUAAUCUCCUCUGCUCCAUGAAUUUCACUCAGAAUCAAAUCUUAACCAUAACCAGAUCAAACAGUUAUCCUUGCUCAAACCCGUCUGCUGAUCUGAAUUAUCCAUCAUUCAUCGCUUUGUUCUCUAACAAAACAAUGGGGAACGACAUAUUGAUUCAGAAAUUUCAGACUGUCACAAAUGUAGGGGAUGGUGCAACGACAUAUAAGGUGGAGGUGGCGGCACCAAAGGGGACUGUAGUCAUGGUAUCGCCGGACAAAAUGGUGUUUGGACAAAAGUAUGAAAAGCAGAGAUACUCUGUGACUACCCAUUAUUCAGGUGGCAAGAAUGGAACGGUUACAUUUGGUUCUAUUGUUUGGGCUGAAGUUAAUGGGAAGCACACAGUGAGGAGUCCUAUAGUGGUUUCCCCACUGGUAGUUGUUUGA